GUUGCUAGGGCCCGUCUCCAAGGACGCCUGGGGCAGCCCGGGAGGCAUGUGAGGGCCUGCGGCGGCGGCGGCUGCAGGGCGGAGAGGAGCCCCCGCCCGUCUCCUGGUGCUAACGGGGAUGGGGCAGAGGCUGCCGUGAGGCUGACUCCCCCCGAGGAGAGGCUGGGGCGCCCGGCCCUGCCGCAGCCGGGCUGCAAGAGGCAAUGCCAGGCCGCUGGGCUGUCAGAAUUUUCAAACUUUUGAAUCCUCCUCAGUUGUCCAGCAAGAAUAAUUUUUAGGCCGAAAAUGCUUGAGCAACCAAAGCUACUUCGUAGGCCUCUGCCUCCAAAGCUGCUACCUGAACUGCCUAUGCCAAGGGAGAACACCUAUAAAGGCAGGAUUCCUGGAAAACACCGACUUGGAGUGAUAAGAAGCACAAAUGAUGAAGACAGUAAUAUUUUUUCCAGUAGUUAUUUCAGUGGUCAAACACAAGUCCAGCCCAAAGAUGCACAUCUCCUUCUUGACCAAAAUUCCAGUGGUCAAACACAAGUCCAUCCCAAAGAUACUCACGUCCAUCUUGAUCAAAAUCUAAAAAAGGAGUUGACUGUUACUGCUCCUUAUUUUUGUACACCUGCUGGCUGCACAUUGCAGAAAGAUGGUAGAUCCUCCGACAUGGACGUUCUAGCUCCCCCCGAGGAGAGUGAUUCUGUUUAUAGGUCUUUACCAGACAUUGCUACUGCUGCAAGCACAACUGACAAGGACAGAAUUACUCUUUCUGGCUAUUAUUCAAGCAGUCGAACAUCAGUCCAGCUCAAAGUCCAAAAUCUUUUUCCUGAUCAAAUUCUUAAAAAAGGUAUUAUAACUCCAACUUCUAGUGGUCCCGCCAGCUUCCCAUUACACAAACGUCGUAAAUCCUUUCGCAUGCAGCUUCUUGGUUUACCGAAGGAUGAGCCUGCUUAUUUUACGUUACCAGAGUUUACCUUUGGAAGCUUAGCUGCAGUGUCCUCUUCUCACCCAUCACCUGUGAUGGCAACCUUCAGAAAGCCAGUUGUUUCUCACUGUAACUAUCAAAAACUCACUGCCCAGUUGACCAGUAAAGUGAGAAAGAGCAUACAGACUGAAGUUAACACAACAGUGUUGUCCGAUAAUGAGUUCCCAGUAAUUUCACAAAGAAAGCCUGAGAGACAGAGUAUCAUAGAAAUGGCUUUGGAGGAGAAAAUGAGAAAAUCUAACUCAUCGGAACAGAUUUUAGAAGAAGGUGAUGAAGGAAAAGGAUCUUUUACAGACAAUUUAAAGCUGUACACUCAUGGACAGAACAAAAAAGUGUCUUCUUCAGAACCUGAUCUUACUCUUGAUGAUGAUACUAUAAAGGGUAUCCAGGGAUUCGGGUACCAGAAUUUCUUAAGUGAGCACGAUGAACAAGAACAACUGAUGGCCAGGUCCAGAAUGGCAGUUUUAUAUUGCAUAAUGCAUAGCAGAAAUGUACUUAAUCUUAAGGGCUAUUUUCUGACUCUCCUUCCAGACCUUACACCUUUAGUCGACACUUUGGUGUAUCUUAACCUGUCAUUCAAUGACUUACACUUCUUUCCCAGGGAGGUAUAUAAUAUUAAAAACUUAGAAGUACUGAAGCUCCGAAACAACCCCAUCAAAGAGAUCCCUGAUGAUGUCCACAGACUCAAGACACUUAGGAUCCUUAACAUGUCCUUCAAUUUACUAUCUGUCCUUCCCACUGGGCUGUUUUUAUUACCAUAUCUUAGUUAUCUGGAUGUUUCCUUCAAUGAUAUUAGCGUUAUCCCUCAUGAAAUCAGGAAUCUCAGGGCACUGGAAUAUCUGAAUGUUGAAGGAAAUCAGCUGUGUGCUUUGCCUUGUGAGGUUUUGAGACUUCCCCUGAAACUCCUUAACACAGAGAAUAAUUUAAUGCAUCCCUUCUUAUGGAAAGAAAACAGCCAGAACCAACCACAGAGACUUACUGAUCUGGCUGCCCUUUGCUUCUCCAGUAACAAGAUGUGGCAAAGAUAUACUGAGAUCUCAAAGGAUAUUCAAGAAAUAUUAAACAACUGUAGAGUCUGUGACUGCUGCAAAGGACCCUUGUAUGGUCAAGGACUUCGUCUCAUUCGAUCUUGCAGGAACAUAUUUAGAUUCCGCAAACUUCCUUUUCUCUUUAAUGCCUGCUCACCAUCCUGUUACAGCAGCUUCAUGUCUCAGACUGACUCUUUGACUCGAAUGCUUUAUGGAAAUUGAUCUGGGUUGCAGCAGAGAAACCGGUGAUAUAAUGCAGUUAAGAAAUAUGAGGUCUUGUAGGUCAUGUUGUACAAGAAAAUAGCUUGUGAUACUGGAAUGUUUAGGAUCACUUUCUCUGUGCAAUUAUCAUAUACUCUUUAAACUGCUUUCUGGCCUAAAUGUUCUAUUUUUAUUUGGAAAGGAGUCUUUGCCUGAUUAGGUUUGUUUGGGAUCACUCACUAGCCUUCUCGUGUGCUGUGUAGACAUACCCAUAGUUCCCAGAGGAGUGUGGACGUAACCUGGCUUUGAUUUGAAUUGAACAUGAUUAAAGUAUGCUAGUAAAACUGCUUUUUUCCACUGGUAUAAAAAAUGCUUUAAAGUGCUUCACUAUCUGCCACAGACAAGAUACUAAUUUGGCUAUUAGUAAUUGUUAAAUGGCACAAUUACAAAAAGGUGCCUCUUGAACAUGUCUGCAACCCAGACUCAAUAUACUGUUGGUAAUCCAGGUGCAGAGUCUGUAUGUGGGCUAAGAUUCUCAAAAACAACUAAUCAUUUUUUGUCAACUGGAGACACUUCAAGGAGGCCUGAUUUUUCAGAAAGUGCUGAGCACUCAGUCCGAAAAUCAGACCUUGUUAAAUUGUCUCAAGUUGGCACCCAAAAUCACUAGUUGUUUUUGGAAAUCUUGGCCGUAGUGCAUGUUUUAUUACAAAUAGCUUUGAUAAAGGAAAUUCACGCUAAAGUGAAAUUUGCUAGAUAGUGUUCUCAUUUAUUUGAACACGAUACAGACUCCAAUAGUCUAAUGUCUGGCCGAUUACAUGUAUGUAUAUGUUUGUAUAGUCCUUAAUUUUGUUAAUGUGAAAACCCAAGCUAGGAGAUUGCCAAAGGAACCCUGUAAUUUGUAUUUAAAGGAUGUUUGGGCUAUGCCUGUUUUUAAUAACAUUGUAUAUAAUGUGACAUUGUCAAAUACAAAACAUUGGUUGGUGGAAAAUGUUUAAUAAAAAAUUAAACUUGAGGGCAGGAGAAAAAUUUGCUCUGCAAAUUUCAAAAGAUUGUCAGAUUUCCUAAGUAGGAAGUCUGAAUUUCUUCACCCUCAGUCGCCAGUUU